AUGCAAGAGGCCAGUAAUCAGAAGAUGUGUAGCACAGAGUCCUUGAACAGGCGAGGUAGUCUUGACUCCAGCAAGGAGGAUGACAGAGCCACUCUCAUACUGACCUUCACCCUCUGCAAUGUGAAGAAGACUGAGCUCACUAAGGCAGCUAGAAUCUUUGAGAUGUUUGAAACUCAGAUCCAUCACUUUGAAACCAGGAAAAUCAAAAAGCUCAAGAACUCUGCUGAUGAUCUUGACAUUUUUGUUGAAUGUGAAGUUAAUAGUACUGAUGUUAGUCACCUUAUCAGCUCCUUAAAGAGAGUAGCAGAGGAUGUGAAAACUGGAAAAGAAGACAAAGUGCCCUGGUUCCCCAGAAAAAUUCAAGAUCUAGACAAAUGUCACCAUCUGAUCACCAUGUAUGAACCCAGUUUUGACCAUGAUCACCCUGGAUACACUGACCUGGAGUACAGGAAACGGAGGGCAUUCUUUGCUGACCUUGCCUAUAAUUACAGAGUUGGGGACCCUUUGCCACACAUCGAAUACACAGCACAAGAGACUGCAACUUGGAGAGAAGUCUACAGGAAGCUGAGCAGCCUCUACCCUACUCAUGCCUGUACACAGUACCUGGAUGCUUUCCAGCAGCUGGAGAAAUACUGUGGCUACCAAGAGGACAACAUACCUCAACUUCAGGAUGUGUCCAGAUUUCUGAAAGAAACGACAGGUUUCCAGCUGAGACCAGCAGCAGGACUGCUAUCUGCACGUGACUUCCUUGCCAGCCUGGCAUUUCGUGUCUUCCAGUGCACACAGUAUAUAAGGCAUUUCUCUUCACCUACACAUUCCCCAGAACCAGACUGCUGCCACGAGUUGCUGGGUCAUGUUCCCAUGCUAGCCAACAAGGACUUUGCCCAGUUCUCACAGGAUAUUGGACUGGCUUCUCUUGGAUCAUCUGAAGCAGAGAUUGAGAAACUGGCCACACUUUAUUGGUUUACUGUGGAGUUUGGACUCUGCAAGCAAAAUGGAUCCAUCAAAGCUUACGGGGCAGGACUGCUUUCAUCUUAUGGGGAGCUUAUGUAUGCUUUAUCAAACGAGCCAGAGUACAAGCCCUUUGAUCCAGAAGUGACUGCAGUUCACCCCUAUCAGGAUCAAGCCUUCCAGCCUGUCUAUUUCAUAGCAGAAAAUUUUGAAGAUGCGAAGGCCAAACUCCAAAACUAUGCAAUGAAGAUCAAGAAGCCUUUUUCUCUGUGCUAUGACCCAUUCACCAGCAGCAUAGAGGUUCUGGAUACACCACAGAAAGUCAAGAGGGAAGUCAGUCGACUGAAAGAGGACCUGAAAAACCUCUGCCUGUCCCUUGAAAACCUCUCCUAA